AGAAUCGACUCUUUUGAAGAACGACUCUCAGUCCAGUCAGCCUUCAUGGCUAGCUACUUCUGUGUCUCUUAGCGGCUGAAUGAGUCACUUCAGGCGAAGGCUUUGGAGCUCAGAUCUGGUCAGAGACAUUUAAGAAAUUGAAAGUUGAGUAAAAAGGACAUAGCUAGGUAGUUAGCUAGUUUAUCUGUGUGCGACACUGUUUGAAGGCUAGUUAGCAUAGCUAACUGAUUGCAUUUUUACAGCGUGGUUUGUUUUUCUAGAAAACAGCAGUAGUAGUCGUGUUGUUUACCGGGGAUUUCUUCAUUUAAAAAGAAAAACUUCUGUCAAACAAACAAGACAGACAGCUUAAAUUUUUAAAUAUUAGCUCUAACAGUCUAGCUGAACAACUAUCUUAUCUAAAAAAAAGCACAGUUUCUGGGUUUGUUUUUAUCCUGAGUAACUGUAGGGCUUUAGAGUGAAGAAAGAAAGCAGCACAUUUUGUUCCGAGUGUGUGGAGAAAUGUCCGGGUUGUCUGUAAAAACUCAGCAGCAGGGGGAAGAAAAGGACAAUCCGGAUCUCCUGAAGAACAGCAGACAGCUAGAGCUGCCUGGAGAACAAGCCCAGACUGUCUUUGUCAUCCUGAAUUCACCUGAAUCUCUCAGUUUGCUCAGCGUGGAACCACUUUUACCCGAGUCAGGAAUCGUCGCUGACAUCGAGGUGGACGGCAUCCUCACGUCUGAUUCAGACACCUUUUAUCAGCUCAAGAGUCAGCCCAUUACAGUCAGUGGCUCAGUUGCCCCCGCUGCUCCUGCUGUGACCCUGAGCACAUCCGCCAUGUCCUCACGGGUGUUGAUGAGGCAGGAGCUGAUGAGGCAGCAGGCGCAGGACCAGGAGAGGAGAGAAGCCCAGCAGCAGGCGUCCAGCGCUCAGCUUCGGCCCAUCGACUCCACUCCCGCCAUCUCCGUCUCGUCCUCUCUGCCCAACACUCGGCCCACGACCACACAGGUCCCCGUGGAGGUGCUGAAGGUUCAGACUCACCUGGAAAACCCGACUAAGUAUCACAUCCAGCAGGCUCAGAGGCAGCAGGUGAAGCAAUACCUCUCCCACACCCUCGGCAACAGAGUGGCCAGUCAGACGCUGGCCAUGUCACCCUCGCCCCAGUCAGGCUCCGCCCCCGAGCUGGCCCCGGCCGCCAGCAGCACUCCCAGCAGCCCCCUGGCUGUGCUGAGCCUCAGCUCCAACAAAGAGGAGAUUGAUGGUGUAAUUGAUGACAUCAUCAGCCUGGAGUCCAGUUUGAAUGAUGAGUUCAUGACGCUGAUCGACACCGGCCUGCAGCUGCCCAACACGCUGCCAGUCUCAGGAAAUCUCCUGGAUGUGUACAGCAGUGCUGGGAUGACCACACCCACCAUUACCGUCAGCAACUCCUGUCCCGCAAACCUGCAGAACGUUAAGACGGAGCUGACAGUUGGUGCUUCACAGACAUCUCCUGAGCGUCAUUCUUUGAAAUUAAGCAGUUAUCAUGCUGAGGCUAAAGCUCUCAUCAAGGAACGGCAGAAAAAAGACAAUCACAACCUCAUCGAGAGACGGAGGAGAUUCAACAUCAAUGACCGCAUUAAGGAACUGGGAGAGCUCGUUCCCAAAUCCAGCGACCCUGAGAUGCGCUGGAACAAGGGCACCAUCCUGAAGGCGUCGGUGGAUUACAUCCGUAAGCUGCAGAAGGAGCAGCAAAGGGCUAAAGAGAUGGAGCAGAGGCAGAAGAAGCUGGAGCACACCAACCGUGCGCUGCUGCUCCGCAUACAGGAGUUGGAGAUGCAGGCUCGUCUCCACGGCCUCGCUCCCUCUCAGGUUUCAGACUCCAUUGUCACCCAGCAGCAGCAGCAGCAGCAGCUCACAUCUGUGCAGUCCAGCGCUGAGCCUGUCUCCAAAACACUCCUCACUCUGGGCGGCCCAACAGUAAACCACACCCACGUCUCUUCUUUACUCUCCCCUCCCCCUUCGGCCUCUCCAGUGGGCGGGGCCAUGACUGUCCCGCUGGACCUGGGAACUCUGACCUUCGGUGAGCUGGAUGACCACGCCUCCUCCAUGUUCAGCCCCGGUCUGAUGGCCGGAGAAAUGGGCCUGGGCGAUAUUCUGAUGGAUGAUGGCGGCGCCGACCCCCUGCUGUCCUCCGUCUCGCCCGGAGCAUCCAAGACCAGCAGCCGCAGGAGCAGCUUCAGCAUGGAGGAGGAUUUGUGAUGGACGAUUGUGUGAUUUAACUCUGAUUAGUGGGCUCUGUUAGGCAAACUGAGCUAAUACAAGGCCUAACGUCUCUAUUCCUGCUUGUGCGUGUCGCAAAACUGGCCAAUAGUGGGCAGUGUAUCCUGAGGUCAGUUGUCAUAGUAAUCGUAGUACUGUUUAAAAAAAAAAAAAACAAACAAACAAAAAAAGAUCAACAUGCAGCAUGGCUCUUGACUCCUGCGCUGAUGAAGAGACGCACUCUACAACUUUUACCUCGGCAUUUUAGGGGUACUGGAGUUUACAAAGGAUUGUAGGAGCGGAGUUGUUAAGAAGACGACGUAUGAUGCUAGCAGAUGUGCGUAGGUUAUAAAAGGAUUAUAAGCAGCUGUUUUAAGAUUUUAUGACUCUAUUGUUCUGCGUUAGAAGCAGGAGUAGGCAUUUUAUAUUUCUGUGCUCACUGACCAAGCAAACGCAUGUAUCAUGUACACCUUUUUUUUUUUUCUUUUAAAGCAGCACCAUGCUCAUCCCCCUUCUCCCAUCUCUCCUCAAUUCUUACAAAGACAACAACACAGUAUAGCUCUUCAUACAGGAUUCUAUGAUGUGCAUAAAACGACUUAUGAACAGGGAUCGUAUUUUCUGGACUAUAAGCUGCACUGGAUCGUAAGACAUGCCCUAGGUAAUGAUUAAAUUUAACACUUAUAUGGCACGUCAUGAUGAGUUUUCCAGACACAUGUCUGUUUAAUAACGAUUCAUUCAGCAUAUGAGAUCUCUGUGUAAAUUAGAGAUGGGAGCGUCUGUAUAAUUGUACAAACAUUAUCCCAGAUCAAAAAACAAACUUGUAUCUUUUAAUGCAAGAGGACUGCUUUGACCUUUAUCAUAACAACUUGUUAUAGGGAUCAUGUCCAUUCGUGACAGUAGGCUACAUGUCCUAUAGCCAAUAUGUCCUACACCAAAUAAUGAAAUAUACUGGUCAAUGUUGCCUCUAUUUCAUUACUUGAUGUUCUAAACUCAUCCCUUGUUGGUGUGGUUUGGAUUGGAUUGGUUUUGGGAGAAUGCUUCCUAGUAUGUCUUCCAUAAUUAAGAAAAGGUGGGAAAAGAAAAAAGAAACUUUUUCCCGUUGAUUCAUUUGGGAUUAUUUUCUGGGGUUAUUAAUAGAGGUCAAUAAUUUAUAGUAGAUAAAAAUGUACCUCAGAGACCAUGAAAAAUGACUGACAUGACAGAUUAGAGUGGGACUAAAAUCACAGAGAAAGCAAACAUUGUCAGUGUAUUAAUUUUAAUCUCUGAUGUGCGGUGUACAUAGUAGUAAUCUUGCAUAGAACGUCGACACUCGAUCUGGGGAAGAAGAGCUCGUCUAUGCAAAGAGUUUAACCAACACUAUAAGACAGAACCUUAGACACUGUCCUGUUGUUUUAAUAGGACAGUAAAGACAAGGGGAAAUAUAUAUAAAACUAUAUAUAUAUGCAUAACAAAUGAAUAUUGUUUAUUUUGUGAAACCUUUUUAAUGUAGUUAACUCAGGCUACUCUUCAUAGUAAGAAGGCCAUGAACUACUCUAAAGCUGCAUCCAUGAUUAAAGUCACGUCUGCCAACUACAAUUAGGAGCGAAUUUAAAUUAUUUAUUUUAGAUUAUCACUGGUUACUAAUGAGUCAUUUUCUUUCAGCCAAAAGACAAGAAGCAGCUACAUAACUGAAGGAUUAAAUGUAUAUUUUGUGUAUGUUAAGGAACUGAGAUAUCAGCAAUACUCAGUUGAAUAAACAGUUUCAUUAGUUACAAGCUACUCGGUGUAAAUCAGUAUUAACACCACCUAACGACUGGAAAUUAAAGAUUUGAAGCUAAACAUCGAGACACAGUCAAUUUCUGUACGACGUCAAUUUAUACAGCGUUUAACAUUACAAUUUAUAUGACAAUUUAACUUUAAGGUUAAUUUUUUUUUUUACAUGUAAGAAGUCGAUCCUGUGAGAAUUUCACGUCAAGUUUUCACCUGUUUUCGUUAUAAUGUUAAUAAUUACAUGACCCAACCUCAGCUGGACUCUCAGUAUAUAGCAGCACUGGCAUAUAGACAAUAAUUCAUCUACAGAACUGAGUGCCUAUAGAUUUUGAUUUGGCUAAAAUUCUCUUCUUCACGUCAUGUAUCAACUUUAUAAAUGUUAUAAAGGUAAGCAGGUGACAGCAUUAGGUUAAAGCAGUAAUUCUAACAUGUAAAUUACUCUCUUUAUAAGCUGCUUAACAGCAAACAUAGUGUCCUAUAGUCCGGAAAAUACAUCUCGCUUCGGUUUUAAUGUUUGUGGUACGCUGGCAUGUUGGUGAGUGAACCAUCUUUAUGCAAACAAACCAUCUUUAUGCAACAAGCAGAUGAAAACUAUAAUGAAGGCGUGUGUCCACGCUGCCUGAUGGAUCCUUUUAGAUUCAGUUCCACCUGAUUUAUGAAAGGGACAGUAGCACUCUGUGCACACACACCACUGUGUAAGUGUUAACGUGUUUGUGUGUCUGUGUGUACAUGUUUAUAUAAAGAGAAAGUGAGCUCGAGAGGACACGCAUUUAAACCUCCCUCAGGAAAAUGAGCGGCUUAAAAAAAUGACGCAUCCUGUUCAGAUUUGCUUUCAUUUCCUGUUGGGAGUUUUUGGCUCCCUGAGGAACCGACAGUGACGAUAAUGGAGUCUAUUAAACUCGUUUUUGUUGUUAAAAUAACCCAAAUCACUGCUUCAGCACUCGAUGACCUAAUUCUACGCUACCAUUUUCUUUUUGCCAGAAUGAAAUAAUUGUUUUAGAUCAGUUAUAUAUCUAACAAAAAUGUUAAUUAUUGGCUUAAUUAAAAUUACAUAAACUAUUACAUUCCAACAAAGACAAGGGCAGUUUAAUAUAUUUAGACAUACUUUCUUGUACAGGUUUGUGUUUUAUCAUUUGCUGUGCUAACAUUCAUUCUAAUCUCUUCACUUUUUCUUUUCUUUUUUUUUUUUUUUUUUUUUUUUUUUUUUUUUUUUCUGUAGAUGCACUUUAAGUACAUUACGUUGAAAGAAACAUUACAUUGUUUCCCACAUUAACACCAAAUUAAUACAUUUAGGUCUGAACUUCUGAACUGUCAAAUCUGCUGUGAAGCAUUUUGAUCAGUGUUGAUUUUUGCUUUCUGUCUGAACCUCCCUCGCUGUCAUUAUUUCAGGGGAUGACCGGAUGUUGAAUGUUUUGCUAAAUUGGCAGUUCAGAUUUCAGCUCAAGUUUCAGAAUUAAUUACUUGUGUUCAGCACGUCUUGUUUGUGAGCCGAACUUCAGCAGGGACGAUUGUGAGUUAUUUUGAGUUGAUUACGUGAGUGAAAUAUGAUGCGGGCCAUUAGAAGAGACAUGAUUUUUUUUUUUUUUUUUUUUUGGUUGCCAAAGUUCACCCAAAGUCAGUAGUUCUUCUGAAACUCCAAACUGCCUUGAUGAAAAAAAAUAACCUAGUAUUAGUGUAAUGGUUUUCCUUGUUUUCUGUAUAGUUGGGAGAUGUAAAGGAGCACAGAAAGGUUUCCAAAUUUUGACUUAACAGAUGGACUGUUGAGGUUUGGUGAAGUUUAAAUGAAAACUGCACCCUGAAAACAUGUUUAUAUUGAAAUGUUCGUGAUGUGUUUGGCGAUUCUGGUGCUAAUUUGUUGGUCGGUGCUGUAUUUUCGUUACUCCCGUGACAAGUUAUUGGGGGAUAUUGUUAUUACCAACGCAGCUACAAUGGCGGUUAUUAGGAAUAAAAAUUAAAACAAUCUCGAACAUAAGUGAUAACAUUCAGGUUCCACUGUUAGCUCCGAAAAAAAACAAGAGAAAGAGCUUCUUUUCUUUUUACCCUUUUCCACUGAUGUUCAAUGUCAUAUUAAAAACAAACCCUGGACUCAAUCUAGCUAUACGAAGCAGUGACACCGAGUUACUACACCGACUUUUCUCGGCUAGUUAGGCUCCGAAAUAACGAGCACGAUGGUGUUAGCAUUAAAGCAGAGUGUACAGAUGAGAAGGUGAGAGCUGGACAGACUAAAUGACUAAAGCGCUGCUGCAUCGCUCUCUUCAGGUAGAAGUGUCGAUGAAAGAAGUUUAAACUAAAAAGUUUCUAAAGAGGAAUAUGCAAGUUCAGGGUGGAUUUUUAUUGCAUUUUAUAAGCUUAGUGUAAGCUGUGUGUUAACGUAUACCAGUGUACAGUGUGUACGAUGCAGACUCCCGUAUGUUUCAAACCUCUCAAAAACUGUGUCCACUUUGCCAUAUACUAACUACAAGUGUAGUAGUUUUCCACUGGAUUGUAUUGUAAAGGCUUGAAUGUGACAUUACAAAAAGAAGUCUAUUUUCUGAUAUUUACUCAAAUCUAGUUUUUGUAAGUGUUAAACAUUAAUUAUCCCCCAAAAUAAUGGAUGGAUUUAUUGUUGUGCGGGUAAAGAGACUGUUUAAUUUCCUCAGUGGGAAAUGUCGAAGUCACAAAUGCCUUCCUCUUUAAAAAAAGAAAAGAAAAAAAAAAGAGCUGUUGAUGUGGGUGAAUAGGAACGUUUUAGGUGAAGCGAAAAUGAUCUAGUAUGCAUAAAUUUUAAGUCUAUGCAAUAGUCCGUGGCUUGUGGUGUGUGAGACGUCGUGUCUGGCGUCUGUUAUGUGGACUGAGCGCUGUCUGUGUAAAGAGCUUUCUCAUCAGUGCUGUACAGAAAUGCAUGCUUGCAUCAUGGCUAGAGAUGCACAUCUUACGUAAUAUAUAUAAAUAUAUAUAAAAUGUAGCAUAUUCAGAGCUCUUCAACCACUUGUAUUCGCUCCACAGGAGGGAAAUCACUGUCCUCAUAUUUAGUAUAUUUUUGCAAAACAAUGUGGCAUUUCUGUAGACAUUUUCCUAAGUCUUUUUAGAAAUAGCAAUAUGUUACGUUCAUCUAUUUUUGUAAUACUUGAAAUAAUGUGCAAUUUAUGUUGUGAUAAAAAAAAAUACUAACAGCCCUGCAUUAGUUUUAUUUUUCCAAUCAUAUGUACAGGAAAUAUUAUUAAUUAUAUUAGAAUUACGACUAAUGAAUAAAAAGCUUUUUUUUUUUUUUUUUUUUUUGGCAACAGCAGUUCAAUAUGUGCAUCUGCAAGAAAGGGAACGUCUGAACCAUGCUGAGAGUCUCUGUGGUUAUAACUCCAUGUGUCCCUUGUGUCUGAACUUUGUAUUUCUGUAUCUUCCCAGCUCCAGUAUAAAACAAACAUCAUUCAUUUCAGUUGCUCUGUUCAAUGUGUAGUUUCUUUUUUAUUUACUUUUUAUGGAAAUAUAUAAAUAAAGUUUUAAAAUAUCA